UACCAGAGAGAAGAUUUACCAUUCAAUUAAAGCAACACAAGAUACGAACUUUCUGAAUCGUAUAUCGGACUCCUUUCGAUUAAAAAAGAACAAGAACAAUUUUUAAUCUUGUGGAUUAUUAUUGGAUUCUAUUUGGAUUUUACUAUUUCUCUCUGCUGUUUUCAUUCAACAGGGAAAAACCAGAGUUUCACAAUGAAGUUGACAGGAAUAUUUCUGCUAUUGAUGCUUUGGACCUGCGAGAGCGCACGAGUUGCAGAGAGCCGAGACGACAAUAGCGUGUACGACCUGUUCGAGCUGGUCCAAGUCUCCAAGAAGAACCACGGAGUGACCCUAGUGAAGGGCGACGACCCAUACAGCCCCGCCUACAAGAUCCUCAACCCGGACCUGAUCCCCGAAGUCCCCGAGAGCUCCUUCAGGGACCUCAUCGAUUCCAUCCAUGCCGAGAGGGGCUUCCUCCUCCUGCUUAACUUCAAGCAGUUUAAGCGGACCAGGGGCUCCCUCCUGACCGUGGAGAAGCGGGACGGAUCCGGAGCCGUGUUCGAGAUCGUCUCGAAUGGAAAAGCGAACACCCUGGAUGUGGUUUUCUCCACCGUUAAUAAGCAACAGGUGGUCUCGAUAGAAGAUGUGGACUUGGCGACGGGCCACUGGAAGAAUAUUACGCUGUUCGUGCAGGAGGACCGGGCGCAGCUGUAUGUCGGCUGUGAGGAGGUGAAUACCGCGGAACUGGACGCUCCCAUCCAGAGCAUCCUCACUCAGGAGACUCCCGCCAUAGCGCGCCUCAGGAUCGGGAAGGGAGCGGUGAAGGACCGGUUCAUGGGGGUGCUCCAAAACGUGCGCUUUGUCUUUGGAACCACUUUGGACGCGAUUCUGCGCAACAAGGGAUGCCAAAACUCUGUUCUGACUGAUAGGAUCAUCCUUAUGGACAACCCCAUCAAUGGGUCCAGCCCUGCCAUUAGGACGGACUACACUGGCCACAAAACUAAAGACCUGCAGAUGAUCUGUGGGUUCUCCUGUGAGGACCUGGCUGGCAUGUUCAAGGAACUGAAGGGGCUUGGAGUGGUGGUGAAGGAGCUGUCCAACGAACUGCGCAAAGUGACGGAUGAGAACAAGCUGUUGAUGAACAGAGUGGGGAUCCACAGCGGAGUCUGUCUGCACAACGGCAUCGUCCACAAGAACAAGGCAGAGUGGACCGUCGACGACUGCACUGAGUGCACUUGUCAGAACUCUGCCACUGUGUGCCGCAAGAUCUCCUGCCCCCUGAUCCCCUGUGCCAACGCAACCGUGCCUGAUGGGGAGUGCUGCCCGCGCUGUGGAACACCGAGUGACUAUGCAGAGGACGGCUGGUCCCUGUGGUCUGAAUGGACCCACUGUUCCGUGUCUUGUGGGCGGGGCAUCCAGCAGAGAGGCCGCUCCUGCGACCGUAUCAACAACAACUGCGAGGGAACCUCCGUCCAGACCAGGGACUGCUACCUUCAGGAGUGUGACAAACGCUUCAAGCAGGACGGUGCCUGGAGCCACUGGUCCCCCUGGUCAUCCUGCUCGGUCACCUGUGGGGCGGGUGUCAUCACCCGUAUCCGCCUCUGCAACUCCCCUACACCCCAGCUGGGAGGCAAGGACUGCCAGGGAGAGGGAAGACAGACGGAGAGGUGCACCAUGUCACCCUGCCCCAUCAACGGUAACUGGGGACCCUGGUCGCUAUGGGAUACCUGCUCUGCCACCUGUGGGGGAGGAGCUCAGACACGUAAACGUCUCUGCAACGACCCCGCCCCCAACUAUGGUGGUAAGGAGUGCCAGGGUAACGCCAAGGCUACUCAGCUGUGCAACAAGAACGCCUGUCCCAUCGAUGGCUGUCUGUCCAACCCCUGCUUCCCUGGGGCCAAGUGCACCAGCUUCCCUGAUGGAACAUGGAGGUGUGGAAAAUGCCCCACUGCAUACUCUGGUAACGGAAUCAAGUGCAAGGACAUUGACGAGUGUAAAGAGGUUCCUGAUGCUUGCUUCGUGUUCAACGGAGUGCACCGCUGUGAGAACACCGACCCUGGCUACAACUGCCUGCCCUGUCCCGCACGCUACUCUGGAGCUCAGCCCUUCGGCAGGGGAGUGGAGGAGGCCGCCGCCAAGAAACAGGUGUGUACACCACGUAACCCUUGCCUGGAUGGGAGCCACGACUGCAACAAGAACGCCCGCUGUAACUACCUGGGACACUUUGCCGACCCCAUGUACCGCUGUGAGUGUAAGCCUGGCUAUGCUGGGAACGGACACAUCUGUGGUGAGGACACAGACCUGGACGGGUGGCCCAACCAAGACCUGGUCUGCGUGGAGAACGCCACCUACCACUGCAAGAAGGACAACUGCCCCAACCUUCCCAACUCAGGCCAAGAAGACUACGACAAGGACGGUGUUGGUGACGCGUGUGACAACGAUGAUGACAAUGAUGGUAUUCCUGACGACAGGGAUAACUGUCCGUUCGUGUACAACCCCAGGCAAUAUGACUAUGACAGAGAUGAUAUUGGAGAUCGUUGUGAUAACUGUCCUUACAACAGCAACCCUGACCAGACUGACACAGACAGCAACGGGGAAGGAGACGCCUGCUCUGUGGACAUUGAUGGAGAUAGCAUUCUGAAUGAGAAAGACAACUGCCCAUUCGUCUACAACGUGGACCAGAGAGACACUGAUCUGGACGGUGUGGGAGAUAUGUGUGACAACUGCCCUCUGGAACAUAACCCUGACCAGGUUGACUCUGAUGACGACCGUGUGGGAGAUAAGUGUGACAGCAACCAGGACAUCGAUGAAGACGGCCACCAGAACAACCUGGACAACUGCCCCUACAUCCCCAACGCUAACCAGGCUGACCAUGACAAAGACGGAAAGGGAGAUGCCUGCGACCACGAUGAUGAUAAUGACGGGAUCCCAGAUGAGAAAGACAACUGCAGACUGGCCUUCAACCCUGACCAGCUCGACUCCGAUGGUGAUGGUCGUGGAGACGCUUGCAAAGACGACUUUGACCAAGACAACGUGCCUGACAUCUACGACGUGUGUCCGGAGAACUUUGACAUCAGCGAGACGGACUUCAGGAAGUUCCAGAUGGUUCCCCUGGACCCCAAGGGAACAUCCCAGAUCGACCCCAACUGGGUGGUCAGACAUCAGGGCAAAGAGCUGGUCCAGACCGUGAACUGUGACCCUGGCAUUGCUGUUGGUUUUGAUGAGUUCAACUCUGUGGACUUCAGUGGUACCUUCUUCAUCAACACGGAGAGAGAUGACGACUACGCCGGCUUUGUGUUCGGCUACCAGUCCAGCUCCAGGUUCUACGUGGUGAUGUGGAAGCAGAUCACACAGACCUACUGGAACAACAAACCCACCAAGGCUCAGGGAUACUCAGGACUGUCCAUCAAGGUGGUCAACUCUACUACCGGACCUGGAGAGCACCUCAGGAACGCUCUCUGGCACACGGGCAACACCUCAGGACAGGUGAAGACUCUUUGGCAUGAUCCUAAGAACGUUGGCUGGAAAGACUUCACAGCCUACAGAUGGCACCUGAUCCACAGACCAAGAACAGGACACAUCAGAGUGGUCAUGUACGAGGGGAAGAAGAUCAUGGCCGAUUCUGGGAGCAUAUACGACAAGACGUACGCAGGCGGAAGACUAGGUCUCUUCGUCUUCUCGCAAGAGAUGGUAUACUUCUCAGACCUCAAGUACGAAUGCAGAGAUGCAUAAUUGCACGGAGCAAGAAGUUCUUGGAACAAUGCACCUUUCCGUAUAAAUAUGAACAAUAUGUAUUCAGAUGAAAAGUCCAGGGACUGGUUUUUUUCUGCUACUCUUUCUACUGCGGCACGCACACUGGUGGGACCGAGGGGGGGAGGGCCUGGUAUGGUCAGCCUCCGGGUAAAUUGACACUGGUUUGGACAGAGAACCAUCCGGCUGACUGCCAGUCAAGGAUCAGAAAGCCCCUCCUACCCACCCAGAGCAGGUAAAGCCGAAAAAAAUUGCCCCUUUGCUUUGCCUGAGUGGGACACCGACCGAUGUUACCAACCAACGUUACCAACCGACGACACCGACCGGCCGAUCUCUCUCUGAUUUUAAAGACCUCAUUCAGCUCUGUGCAGGAGAGGCUCCCCAUAGACGACUAUGCACUUCCAAACCUUUACAUCUCUCUCUAUCUCUCUUUCUAUCCAUCUCUCUUUUUCUGGAAUGGACGUCCCAAAGAAAGACUAUGUAAUAGUCUGUUCAUAAAAACAGAUCUACCCGGAUGUAGAUUCUGAACGAUACGACUCUGAGGAAGUGUUUUUUUGGCUCAGAGGAGGAAGAAAGCAAUAAGACUUUUUUCACUUUAAGUUUUGUAAGGAAAGGGCUUUUGGCCAUUGAAAAUCAGCUUCGUAACAACAAGAUAUGGAGGGACAAUAACUUUGUGUGGAUGUAUGUACGUAUGUUUAUGUGUUAAAAUAAGAAGAAAGAUACUGCUUCCUUUUACCCAUCUAUAUGCAAACCCUUAGAGAAAGGUGUUUCAGAGACUUAAAGAAAACAAACCGAAAUUAAAAUGUCAAAUACAGGAUUGCUUGUAGGCUUUUAUGGCUGGCAUUAGAUUGAUAUCGUUCAGUUGAAAUUGAACAUAGUAUUACUCAGGGUAAGAUGUUAGCGACCAUCUUGGCAUUGCAGAAAUUACAUGGGAGCGACCAUCUUAGCAUUGCAGAAAUGACAUGGGAGCGACCAUCUUGGCAUUGCAGAAAUGACAUGGGAGCGACCAUCUUGGCAUUGCAGAAAUGACAUGGGAGCGACCAUCUUGGCAUUGCAGAAAUGACAUGGGAGCGACCAUCUUGGCAUUGCAGAAAUGACAUGGGAGCGACCAUCUUGGCAUUGCAGAAAUGACAUGGGAGCGACCAUCUUGGCAUUGCAGAAAUGACAUAGGAGCGACCAUCUUGGCAUUGCAGAAAUGACAUAGGAGCGACCAUCUUGGCAUUGCAGAAAUGACAUGGGAGCGACCAUCUUGGCAUUGCAGAAAUGACAUGGGAGCGACCAUCUUGGCAUUGCAGAAAUGACAUGGGAGCGACCAUCUUGGCAUUGCAGAAAUGACAUGGGAGCGACCAUCUUGGCAUUGCAGAAAUGACAUGGGAGCGACCAUCUUAGCAUUGCAGAAAUGACAUGGGAGCGACCAUCUUGGCAUUGCAGAAAUGACAUGGGAGCGACCAUCUUGGCAUUGCAGAAAUGACAUGGGAGCGACCAUCUUGGCAUUGCAGAAAUGACAUGGGAGCGACCAUCUUGGCAUUGCAGAAAUGACAUGGGAGCGACCAUCUUGGAGCGCCAUGUAGAAUAAAGGGCAUUUCCAGCGCCAGUAAAUCCAAGGCAGUCUGUCCAUUAAGACUUGUGCCAUUUUUAACAUUAAAUGUUACAAAUAUUCAGUAUGUAUUUAUUUUCCAAAUCUAAAAAUAUACCAUUUUGAUUACGAUUAGAAACAUUGAACAAGGGGGGGAUCUCCCUCAUCUUUAGAGGCUUCACGUUUGACAUUUAAUUGAUUAACUCUUGCCUACAGUGUAGGUACCAAACAAUUAAAAUACUUUGAGAAAGUGAGAGAUUCCCCCCCCCCAGUGUUCCAGGUGUAAACUGACAAUGAGUCAAGUCAGACUGGUGUCUUUGGUGUCCGAUGUGGGAUUCUACUCUCCCCUCUCCCUCCCUGUAAGGAAGCCAUUAUAGGGAAUGUAAUCCAGCCAUGGUUAGAGCCAAUACUCCUGAAUCAGUAUGGUAUGUAUGUGACCUGUGUGACCUUUUCUUCUGAGAGAGAUGAAAAACAAAGGAACCCUUUGAUCUACAAAUAUUACCUCAUUGCUGUUGUAUAAUUAAUUUGAUCAAACAAAAAAGUACUUUUUUCAUUGUAUGCUUACAGAAUACAAAUUGAUCAACAUCGUAUUGCUACUGUAGCACAGGUCUGUAAAUAGUAUUACUUUUAUUUUCAAAACAGAAAUCCCCCCAUCCUACACCCCCCUGCAGUAAAAACAGUAACAUUUUAGUUUUUUUUUAUAUAUAUAUAUAUAUAUAUAUAUUUGAAUUUUUGCUUUCAUGUAUGUCCUUUGUCCAGUGCUCUUUUUAAUGAAUAAAUUAUUAUUCUGUUUUGUUUUGUCUGUGCUGUUCUGUGUGUGAGUGGUCGAUUUGUGUGUGUAGAUAAAUGCUAUUUAAAUAAUUUAUCAGGAUUCGCUGCCUGGUGAAGGGGGCGUAUCUGUAUGUAUAAACGGUUUGCACACUGAUGUGAGGAUGAUCUGUUCUUUAUCGUAUUUACUUUUAGGUUUUCAGUUUUAUCGUUAUUUUUACCCUUCUUUUUUUGUACAAUUUAGUGAUGCUUGUUGUCUGUAAACAUUUUUACUUAGUUGUACAAUAAAAUAAAAUAAACUGUUAUUAUC